CGCACACGGAAGACACGGUAUGGGCUUGUCCCCGGCCCAGGCUAAUACCGCAGCUUCCUCUUCCUUCUAGCUGGGUGGGUGAGGAUGCAGUCCCCGGGGGAAGAAGAUGGAGAGGUGGCCGGGCAGAGGCCAGGAGAACCGGACGAGGUGGACGGAGCCGGUGACUGUGAGAAGGAUUAUGAGGCGCUGUUUGACCGCUACAUUCCCUACAGAGAACGAAAAGAAUGGGCAGAUGUGAGCCCAGUUCCUCAAGACGAUGGCCCAAGCCCAGUUGUCCAGAUCGUUUAUAGUGAAAAGUUCCGUGAUGUAUAUGACUACUUUCGUGCUGUUCUUCAGCGAGAUGAGAGGAGUGAAAGGGCCUUCAAACUGACAACUGAUGCCAUUGAACUAAACGCUGCUAACUACACAGUGUGGCAUUACAGAAGGGUACUUUUGCAGUCACUGAAAAUGGACCUACGUGAGGAAAUGAACUACAUUACAGCAAUAAUUGAGGACCAGCCAAAAAAUUAUCAAGUCUGGCACCACAGAAGAGUCCUUGUUGAAUUGCUAAAAGAUCCUUCAGAAGAACUUGAUUUUGUUGCAGAUAUCUUAAACCAGGACUCUAAGAACUAUCAUGCUUGGCAGCACAGGCAGUGGGUCAUUCAGGAGUUCAAUUUGUGGGAAGGUGAAUUGCAGUUUGUUGACCUGUUGUUAGCACGAGAUCUCCGAAACAAUUCUGCAUGGAACCAAAGAUACUUUAUUAUUUCUAAUACAUCGGGGUAUAGCAAUCCCCAGAUUCUGGAAAGAGAGGUCCAGUAUGCUCUUGCGAUGAUCAAGGUUGCUCCUCAUAACGAGAGCGCUUGGAACUAUUUGCGAGGAAUAUUGCAAGACCGAGGCAUGUCAGAUUAUCCAAACCUGUUGGAGCAAAUCCAGGCUUUGCAGCAAACGCACAGCUCUCCAUUUCUUGUGGCCUUUUUAAUAGAUUUAUAUGAUGACCUGUUGGAGAAAAAGUGUGACAACACCGAGGAAAUCUUGAAACAAGCAUUAGAGCUGUGUGAGAUGCUGGCAAAGGAGAAGGACACUAUUAGGAAAGAAUACUGGCGGUACAUUGGCCGGUCUCUAAAGGCAAAAUAUGACGCAAAUCAGUCCCAGAAAGAAGAGUGUAAUUCUGUGGAAAAUGACAUGCAGUAAAAAGAAUUGGGUUAUUUAAGAUAUUUUCCUAUUUUUACAAGUGCAUAAAAUGAACGCGGCCAUGAUUAAUCUUAUUAAUUCUCUUAUAUGACCCCGUAACUUUAUUUAAAAGGCUGACCAAGUUCCAUUUAACAGUUUGUGCUCCAUUUACUUUGAAGAAUAGCCAUUACCCAGUAGCUUUGCAGUGCACUGUGGCUUUAAGCUUUUCUAUACAAGAUGUCGUUCUUCCUUAGAAAAGUUGUUUCAUAAAAGCUUGUACUAGUGUUUAGUAGUAUUAACGGUGAGCACGUGCAUACAAAUUACAGGUAUUUAAUACUAAGGGUGAACUUACAAAAGAGGCAGCGGAAGGGCUCUUAAAAUG